AAGCUGACCUCCCCCUUACAGUCUGCCCCACAAGGUCAGAGUCAGCAAAUCCUUCCCUAAAAAUAACUCAGAUCCCAGUGAACGAGUAUUUUCACAGCGUGGCUCAGUCAGACUGAGGACUGCAGUGCACAGGGGUAGCAGGGACCACAAUAGUAAAGUCUAAUGUCAUUAUCUCAAGUAAGGAUGCCAGCAAACACAUCCAACCGGAAGAAGCAAAACGCAUACGCACCAGUUGCUGUGGAUCCAGAUACAGGUUACUGUACCCCAGGAGCUUUUGAACUGGAGAGACUUUUUUGGCAAGGGGCGGCCAAAUUUACCCACGUCAAUGAGGUGUGGCCCAACCUCUAUAUCGGCGAUGAGAAAACAGCUCUCGAUCGUUAUGGCCUGGAACAAUCCAGCUUCACUCACAUCCUGAAUGCAGCACAUGGCCGAUGGAACGUAGAUACAGGCCCUGAGUAUUACAGCGAAAUGAGUGUUGAGUACUAUGGAGUGGAAGCAGAAGACCUCCCCAGCUUUAACCUUAGUCAGUUCUUCUACCCAGCAGCUGAAUUCAUCCACAAUGCACUGAGCAGCUCUGACAAUAAAGUACUAGUGCACUGCGCCAUGGGCCGUAGCAGAUCAGCAUCCCUGGUCCUGGCCUAUUUGAUGAUUUACAAGCAAAUGACAGUUGUGGAUGCAAUUACACAGGUACUGAAGCACCGCUGCAUUCUCCCAAACAGGGGCUUCCUCAAGCAGCUUAGAGAACUGGACAUUCAGUUGGCCCUGGAAAGGCGAGAAGCUAGAAGUAAAGAAAAGACAAAUGACAUUGAGAAGGACAAGUGAUGUUUGGCAUUGAGCCACAUGAAAGCUGUCAAGGACAGAAUCUUGUACGCAUUGUAUAGAGGAGACAAGUGUGAUAACUCCAUAAUAACUUACUUUUAUAAGAUAUCAUAGUUGGAAUAGACUUUCUGACCAGUUGACUCAGAAAUGUAAUUUAAGAUGAUUGUUUACUUGGUCUCCAGAUAAAACAUUGGCUGCAGGAGAGGCCAGCAAACUCUCACUCAUAGCCAAGAUGUUAAAGAAGACUUUUUUUUUUUUUUAUUAUUAUUAUUAUCUUUGUAUUCUGAAUCUCUGUAAUACUAAACAUGGAAUGGAUAGAUCACAGUUAUUUUAACAUUGUAGUAAUAAACCAACACCUUUUAAAGAAAUAAUCAAA